CUCAUUCCCAAACCUUUUUUUCUGCUCUAUUCUUCCCAUGGACUUUUUCAAAUUGCUUGGCGCCGGGGCCAAAUUCGACAAAGCGCGGUUCAAGGAAGAUAUCUCCGUGUUCAAGCCAUCGAAACGUGCUGCACACCACACGGUCGAUGUAGUGGACAGCGUGCCCAAAGAACUCGAUUUCUUUGGUGAUCAUGGCAGGCAGCAGCAGCAGCAGCAGCAAAAGAAAAAGACAGCGGGCGUGCCGACCAGCCAGCUGAGUGGAUCAGCCAGUCAGUAUAUUCAUACGGAAGAUGACCAUUCGCCAUUCCAGAGCGAGUCAGAGGUUGCCGAAUUCCUGAAGAAGCACCGGAUCAAGGUGACAGGCAGCGACGUGCCGCACCCGGUAAAAUCGUUUGAUAUGCUGUGCAAGGAGCACGAAUUCCCGGCGUUUGUGCAGCGGAAUCUGCAGAAGUUUGGAUUCCGACAGCCGACGCCGAUCCAGAUGCAAGCGGUGCCAAUUGCAGUGCACCGGCGCGAUCUGAUUGCCAACGCACCAACUGGAUCAGGAAAGACCUUGGCAUUCCUUCUGUCGAUUCUGCAUGACAUUAAUACGCCCGAAAAGGAAGGGUUCCGCGCGGUGGUGGUAUCGCCGACACGAGAGCUGGCAACCCAGAUUUAUGAGCAUAUGCGCAAUCUGACAUUCGGACAGAAGGUCAAGACGUGCCUGAUGACGAAGAAGGCGGCGACAUUGCAGGCAGAGGACCCGAUGAUGCGGCAGCGGUACGAUAUCCUGGUGACGACGCCGCUGCGGCUGGUGCAUUCGAUCCAGAAGGGCGAGAUUAACCUGAAGCACGUGCGGCGGCUGGUUCUGGAUGAGGCGGAUACACUGAUGGAGAAAGGUUUCCUGGAGCAAGUUGACGAGAUCCUGGCAGCAUGCACGUCGCCGAACUUGCAAAUCUCGUUGUUCAGCGCAACGAUGCCGUCGAGCGACCCGGUGCGCGUGAUCAUUGGUGCUAUGAACUCUGCUACGGACACGAUCGACCAGCAGCUGGUGUAUGUGGGCCAGGAGGAGGGCAAGCUGGUGGAGGUCCGCAACAUGAUUGCAUCGGGAUUCAAGCCGCCCUGCCUGAUCUUCGUCCAAUCCAUUGAUCGAGCACAGGAGCUGUUCCGCGAGCUGGUGUUCGAAGGAAUCAACGUCGAUGUGAUCCAUUCAGACCGCACGCAAACGCAGCGGAACCGGAUCAUCCAAAAAUUCCGCUCGGGUGCGCUGUGGGUGCUGAUCUGUACAGAGCUGAUGGCACGAGGCAUUGAUUUUAAGGGUGUCAAUAUGGUGAUCAACUACGACUUCCCGCAGUCCGCGCAGUCGUACAUUCACCGUAUUGGCCGAACGGGUCGUGCAGGGCGGGCCGGUAAGGCCAUCACGUAUAUUACAAAGGAGGAUGCGCCAUACCUGCGUGUGAUCGUCAAUGUCAUGCGCCAGUCCGGGUGCGAUGUUCCCGAGUGGAUGCUGGAGAUGAAGAACCCGACAAACAACGACCGCAAGAAGCUCAAGAAGAAGCCCGUUGAGCGCAAGGACAUCAGCACCAAGCCCAACUAUGCAAAGAAGCGGCACCAGAAGAAGGCAGAUGGCCAGUCCAAGGCCAAGAAGCCGCGUGCCAAGAGCGACGACUCGGAGUAA